GAAGGGGGGGAAAUAAGAGAAUUGAACCGACGGGUUUUCUUAUGUUAUUAUGCUAUUGCUAAGAAGCGAACGGAAGCGGUAAGCUAGAACCAGGUGAUAGUUGUACCAGUGUAACCAGUUGACCGGUAUCUGGGUGCGAGGAAGAUGGUGGAUUAUACGAAAUCUUCACCGUAAAAUGCGGCUUCAACGUAAAAUGCGCGGCAUAAUAAUCUACCGAAUCUGUGCUAUUGUUUCCGUGGUGUCUACGUUUCAAGUGUAGGAAGAUGGAUGAUGGGUCGGUAGGAUUGGCUCGUGCUGGAAUUUAGUUCGAUUUAAUUAGCGUGAUCCAGUGAGCUAAAUUUAUGCAUUCAUUCUUGCAGCAAAAAAAAGUGUGCGUUGUAAAUAUGUUUUAAUGUAUUCAAAAUAUACAUAAAUGUAGUGUUACGAGUUAAAAAAAGUACAAAAGAGUGGCUUAAAAGGCACAAUAAAGUGGAAAGUGAUUAGUUUGCGGAAGAGUUACCUCUUCUUUCUGAAGAUAAAUAUGUGUUUUGAAACUUGCAGCCAAAACAGCAGUGGCUAACCAAAAGCUACGGGACAGGCACCUAUAUUUCGGGAACCGCAAGCGGAAUCAGUACAAGAACCAACAACACCCGUAGAAGUCCGGACGUAGCCGGAUGUUUCACCGACCGCCCCCCCACCGUCACCGUCAUCAGCUGGCCCGGCCAGGACCAUCCCUCCUCCUAUGGGCAAGUGUGCCUCGAAGCAGCCAGCUCCCGGACUGAACGAAUUUGGAAGCUCACCGUACCUUGCCAUCUGCAGCGAAGAUGACAUCCUCUACAUCAAUGUGGGCCAAUCGGAGAGUAAGAAAGCGUCGAAGAAAGCUGCCGCCACCGACACUGGUCUGCACACCAAGGGUACGGCCAUGUCGUUUGGGUUCAAGAAACACAAGGUGCACCAGGCGACCAGUAACAACGGUACGAUCGGUACGACCGGAACCAACAAAUUGGCAACGGGUGCGGCACCACAUACCGGCGAUAUUGGCGGCGGUACGGAACCAGUCCCGGGAGCGGUCGCUAAUCAGAUCAAGAAGUUCAACAAUAACAACCUUACCAACAACAACAACAACAACAGCAGCAGCAAUGCGACAUUGGAAAGGGAGAAAGCGGAAAGGGAAUUGGUGCACGCGACCGUCAUCACGAACCCGGGUGUGGAUGCGGGAUUUAGCGACAAGAACGGAAAUACCGGUUCAAUCGAAUCGGUAGAAGAUACAGCCGGAUGUACCGGGCGUAAUACAGCUACCGGCCGUACCACACCACGACUGCAACCCGCAAAGAAAGACAGCCAUGGAGCACCGUAUCGUAGCAAUCGGUUCGGUUUCCGCACCAACAAUAUCGUGCGGCCAGCAUCGGUCGGACUGCAGCCCCGGGUGGCCAACGAUUUUGACAAACAUUCCUCCAAUAACAUCAACAACAACAACAACAGCAUCCACACUAACAACAACAACAAUAACAACGUGUACGUCGUUAGCGAUAAACGCCGCUCGAAGAGUGCAUCAUCGGCGGCAUCCGCACGCACAACCUUUACACCACUGUCCGGCACAACGGCUGCAACCGGAACCGGUGGGAAUGCGGCCAUCGUACUGCACCAGCAUGCGUACGGUGGGGGUGGUGGUGCAAGUGCGCUGCAUCGUCCAUUGCCGAAAUACCAGGCGCCGAAUACAAAAAUAACUCACAACACGACGCCGGCCACCAAUAACGGGUGCGGUGGAUAUGGGACUUAUCAGCAGCAACAGCAGAUGACGAAAUGCAACCAAGAGGAGCAUAAAAAUACUCAGCAUUCCGGUUCGGGCUCGCGGCAAACGACCCAGCAACAUCAGUAUACGCACGGUAGCGAAGCCGGACAGAACGCGCCAGGCAGUAGUGGUGGUCUAUGCGCAAAACCACCACUGGCCGGCAAUGGCACUGCUGUUCCGACGACUACGGCCAAACUAGGUCAGGAGGGGGCAACGAUUGCGAGCAAGUUUACACUACAUUCGUCCAGCCUGCCGAAACCACAGUAUCCGGUGUCGAUCUCGUUGACUGGCACCACCUCCGGUCCAUCCGCCAGCUCACGGUACACGAUGGACACGAAGGGUGCCAAACAUGCAGUGAACGUAAGCCGCAAAGAGUUCGCCAACACAAACGUGACCGGUGCGCCGGCCCUCGAGGACACGACCACCACGACGACCAGCAGCAUCCGUAUGCCGAGGCAACGCUACCGCAACAUGGAGAUGGUAAUGAGCGGCAGGCACAAGUUUGAGGUGCGCGAUCUCGAAGCGCUAACAACGGAACCGAUCGUACCGCUACCACUUCCGGAGCUACCGAGCGCAUUCUGCAGCACAACCAAUCAGCGCACCGCACCGCUCAGUGGACUGAUCCGAUCGACGGAGCUGAAUGCGAGCGCUAAUGCUUCCAGUCUCCACGAUGACAUUGAUAUCAACGACAAUCGGUAUGAGAUGGCCGAACCCGGUGCCGAGGAGGAAGCGGAAACAACGCCCACCAGCCAAGAUGGUGAGGGACCGAAGGAAAGUUUGGAGGAGGAAAAGCUGUUGCGCGAUAACAACUCGUCGGAGAAAAGCCUGAAGGGUGCGCUGAUGAAGGAUCUGGUCGAGAGCUACGAGGAAAGCAAAAGUUCAACGCCAAGCUGUUCGAGGGCGUCAUGGUUUACUGCUGGUGAGGCACUCGCUGCCAAAGACUUUGGUAUUCGUAGCCUGAGCACUAGCGUUGAGAGCAGCACCACUUCGAAGCAGAUGGAUUCGAUUCCAAAGAAGGUUCCGGCCCAGGAAGAACCGGACGAGGAAGAUAUUAGCUCCGUUACAAUUACGGCGGGAAAUCCUUCGGCUUUCUCUUCCAUCUCAGCGCCAGUUCCGAUGGAUGUUUCUACCAAUCUGGACAGUGUGUCGGAAGUGCAGAUCAGUUUCACCGAUCCUGGAACCGACCCGCUAGCCUCCAGUGAGGCCGACGUACCGAAUCGGAUGUAUCGUAAUGAGCAGACAAAGUUUGCCGAAAUGGCCGCAGCCAUCAGUGACGUGCUGCUGCUGGAUGAUGAAACCUCCCCAACGGAUAGUCUCGUCAGCAGCUGUACGGAAAAUUCGGACGAUGCGAAGAAACCACGCCACGCGAAGAAAGCGGUUGAAAACACAAAAGAAAAGGAAAAGGAUAUCGAUGAAAUUUCACCCGAACUGGAUGAACUUACCAGUCCCGUUUCGCCCGGUACUCCGACGCAUGCUUCCAACUCCUUGUCGCUGUCGGACGGUGGAAGAGAUUUUUUAAUUGACGAUGAAAUUGCUGAUCAGCCGGGUCUGGUGUUUGACGAGGGUAGCACGUUGGAUCUUGGUUCGCUCAAUUUAAACUUAACAUCGCAAAAGACCGACACACCAACGCUGAAGGAUAACCACCACAAUCGAACGGGUGGAGCGCCCGGUGGAGCAGCACAACCGACGGCAAUCAAAGCGACUCCUCCCUCUGCUGCAAAACCACGCAAAGCGAUGCCGGAUGCGUACGAAUCGCCUGCCCUGUCGCGCAAGUCAACGCGUAGCGGUAAUCGGAUGGCCAGAGCCGAAUCGCUGGACACGCUAUCGCCGUGUGAUUCGAUCGCAUCGGAUGAUUUUAUGCUUGACUUUGACUGCAACAGUAGCAUGGAUUCUAUCGAUCGUGUUGCUCGAUCCAGUAUGGGAGGCAGUGCUACAGGGUUAAACUCAAUGGAUGAACUGCAGCUGUGGUCCGAACUGGAGAACAAAGGGGGCCACAUCAUACGCGAAUGGAGCACGCUUCUACGCAGCAGCCCACAAAGCAUCAGCAACAGUACUAACAGAUCCCAGCUACCAGCAAGGGCACGGCUACUUACCCGACGGCUACAGAAUAAUGCGACACCUACCAAUGGGUCGGAAAGUCCCCGCUCGAUCGACAGCCUGCCCCGGAGGACGUUUUCCGGCUCGUACAAAACGGCCACCCUUAGCCAGUUUCACAAUCUCGCUAACAACAACUGUACGACGGACUCUGCCUCGACGGCUACCAACUCCGCGGAAGAUCUCACCCUGCUCGACAAGUCACUGCGCAACUCCAUGCUACAGGACGUGGUGCACUUCAAGAAGCAGCUGGUACGACUUCGCCGGAUACUGCAAGAGGAUGAAGAAAAUUUGAUGAUGACCGACACUCUCAACCCAUUUGAAAAUAACAAUGGGCAAUUCUUCACGACGGCAGCCGCCGCAAUCGCAACCGCCAACGGUAGUAUCGGAUCGGCAGCGACAACAAUCACACCGUCCGCGGCAACGACAGUGGGAGGCCCUGGCCAACAGGAACAGCUGCAGCAGCAGCAGCAAGAAAAUGUACUCAUCCGUGAGUCCAGCGUGGCGGCCCUUGCCCUACUCGAGGACCAGCGGCAGGAGCUGGCGGAUCUCAGAAGACAGGUGGUUUACCUUCAGGGUGAACUUACGGCCAAAGAUCGCACGAUUCGGCAGCAACAGAAUCUGAUCGAAAAGUAUGAAGCGGAGCGAGAGAAACAACUGCACAGUCUCUCGAACGGUAGCUCAUCGGUGGACAGUGGAGAUGCGCCCGGUACAGUGGUUCCCUCCGGGGACAAUACAUCCGCCAGCGACAGGAAUCAGUCGGCGGAAACCAUCAGCACCGCAACACAGACUGAACGUUUGAGGCCGGUAUCGUUCGGUGGACAGGAAGGAUUAGGCAGUCGCAGUGAGAAGCCGGCAUUGAAUGGACCUAAAAAUGGACUGCGAACACCAACAGCAGUUGGACUGCCGAGUAACACCACCAGUACAAUCCCGUCGCACCAUACCACCAUCAGCAAUGGUCCAACAACGCCCAGCAAAAGCAAAACCCAAAUCAGCUCCGUCUACACCCAGCUGUCCUCGGUGAGGCACAGUAUCGCUGGCACGAGUGCACCCACAACACCGACCCAAACCACUACCCACAAUGGUCCUGCCGUCCCGGCACUCCGGCGUACAUCGGUCGGUUCUAGCCACAAUCUAAGCUCGUUCGGUUUACACACAGCGAGCGAUCGAUCUCCCGGUGGUAAUAGUGGUGGCGCUGCUAAUAAACCUGUCCGUACGACACACAUUGGAACGUUACCAUCCCCAACGGCUCGUACACUAACGAAUGGUGAUCGAAUGUCGGCACCUAAUGGUGCAACAAAACCUAGCAAAAGCAUCCCGAAUCGAACAUCAGCAUCAAAUGGUGGUGUGGUUACAAAACUGAACGGUUUAAAUGGGACGACAAAACGAACGGGCAUUAUUAGGCCACCGUCAUCGUUCGGUAGUAGUAACAGUCUCGUACCGAUGGAACAGCAGCUAAAGAGUAAAUCAGCACCGGCCACACCGUUGGUGGUAGCGAAUGGGAAGUUACUAACACCUGCUGCAACCGGUGGUACGGAUUGUUCAGCGAAUGGUGAACAUCGGGAGGAAAGUAGCAGCAACGAGCGGAAUAAUAAUAGAUCGGAAUCCGAAUCGGAUAAGGGCACGACGGCGGUGGUGAAUGGUGCCGGAGGAACGUUGGUGGGUAAUUUAAAGCUAAUAACCACAUCCGGAACGGUACCUACAGGAGGAGGAUGUAGCGAUGGAAGCAAUCUGGGCAAUGCCACCACAAGCACAGUGAAUGGCAUCGUAGGACAUUAGGAAGAAUGGAAGAAACGGAUGUAUUUGUGUGAUAGGAUGUGAAAAGAUCAUUGCAGGAAAGACAUAAAAAUAGAGAGAGAAAAAGAGAAUAUUCCGUUCGUGGUAUUACAAAGCACUAAUCACUUUUAUAGUGAUUCAUUAUUUUAUUAGCUGUAUACGCCAUUGUUACACAUGCUCUCAGUUUUUGAAUUCAUUUUGUCACCUAGUAGAACAAGGUUUUUUUUUAAACAGAGGCUCCACCGUUACUUUUGAAGGUUUUUCUUUUCUUUUUCCUAAAAGAUUUGAAUAUAAUCAUAUUGGAAAAAAGAUGGUUCUAAUUUGCCACCUCUUAAAAGAGUAGUAAAAAGGUGUUGUGACUAGGUUGAAUAUUGUCUCAUUUUGCCAAAAAAAAAUAUACUUCCCAUAAAUAGUAAACGAACCCACGUUUUCUCCCGCCCCGCUGAUUCUCGCUGUUGUCCUUGUAUGUUUUUGUUUUGUUUAGUAAUAAUUCCUUCCUUUUUUCCACAAACCAACAACUGUUGAUAAGAAAAAUAUAAAUUUAAUAAAUAAAGAAAAAACGAACGAGAAUACAAAAUGAAAAAUACACAAUGGAAGUAUAGUAAAAACCUCUUUACCCAUUUUUCGCAACACAAACAAGCAGCAAAAAUAAGAACAAAAAAGAAGAAGACAAGAAGAAACACAUAAGCAGCAAAGAAGAAAUACAUUAUACUAAAAUAAUUAAAAUAUGAACAAAUGUGAUCGAUUUGUGUAAUGUAAUAAUCCAAUGUAUUUGUACAUCUUUAAGCAGCAGACAAGACAGAAAUAGCACAUCAACUAAGCAAAUGUAUUUAUUCGAAGCGCUUUAUGCCCGAUUGUUUCCCCCGAUAGUGAAAAAAAAGCCAAUGCUAGAAGCGGCUAUUGGUUAACCAAUUUUGCACAAAACAAUUUGCAAUAAAGUAGUUGGAGGAAGGAAUACACUAUUUAAAAGGGGUUGUAGGAAUGCAGGACAGGCUUGGGUAGCUUGUAUCGGCUGGGAAGGAAGUGUAUGUAAAGGUUAGUUUUGUUUUCCCUUUAUACAUAUAUGGUCCAUAAAAACAACAAGAAACCCCUUUCCCCAUUUAUGGCUCUUAUACGCGCCAGCAUUAAAACCAGAAACCGCCUCAAUACGCUAUUUUUAACCAUUUUUACAACCCCGCGAUGGCUGCUUUACGCGGAUCCUUUUGGGGGCUGUUUUGCUGUAGUGAAAAAUUAAAAGAAAUUUAAACAGGGAAAUUAGUGUAGCGCAAAAUCGGUUAGAAAAGAAAGAGUCCAAAAAUUCCCAAAAUGCUCUUCCGUUUCUCUUUAUUUUUUACUUUGCACAUAGGUAGGUGCAAUUGGUCCAUCCCUUCCCGAUUUUACUUGCCUAGUUUAGAGAAAUUAUACCUUAGAGCAGGAUCAUCCUUUAAAACAAAUCUGGCAGACGCUAAUAUUAGUUUGUAGAGUGUUUCUUCGAAUCAAAGGUGCUGCUACCCUGCCACCCGUCGUAGUAGUGUUGAUUAAGUAGAACUUUACGAUAUGUUGAAUAGUAUUUUUAAUUGCUGAUAAAGAUUCCUUUUCGGUCCACAGACAAAAAAGAAACGCUGCAUCAAACAAAAUAAACAAAAAAAGAAUCAUUCGAUUCUGAUCCAUAUUUUCUCGCCUAUUUGUAAUCAGCAGAGCAGAGAAUCCAUAUUUGAAACCCACGGUUUUGACUAACACACAACAAAUAUAACAAAUUGAUCACAAAACGUGUUAAGCUGAUAUAUAUCAUAAAUCUUCAUAAAUAAAAAAGAACAACAGACAAAAAACGGCAUACAAACAAUCGUUGUGUAUGAAGUAAAGGACAAUGAAAAAGCAUUGCAAAACAACAGCAAACAAAUGGCAAAGACAAAAGUAUUUCGAUAAUAAAUUAUUAAACUGUAAAGGAAAACAA